UAAUAAGAGAAAAGGGAAAGGCAAAAUUAAUAGUUAAUAAUGAUGUUGACUUUAAGGAUAAUUAUAUUUCUUUAAGAAAAAGAAAGGGAAAAGCAAAAGUAAUAGUUAUUGAUGAUGUUAACUUUAAGAAUAAUCGUGCUUUUUCAAGUGAGAACUUAAAUAAUGCUUCUUCAGGAGAGAAAUUGAAUAAUGUUUCUUCUAUAGCAAAUGCCAAGUCUGAAAUUGAUGAACAUUCAGCUCAUGAAACCUUUAAGAUGAACAACCAACAAGCUAAUAAUGUAAAACCUAACAAAAGAAAGCCUAAGAUAUUAGAUGAAAGUAAUGAUGAUACUUUAAAUAAUUAUUUAAAGAUACUUGAAUAA